AUGGAGGAGGAGAAUGUCAGCUACGGCACCCCUGCCAAUGGCGCAUCGCCCGGCAGCAAUCCGAUCCUCGCGCAACCACCUCUGGCAGAUGUAAACCCCAGCGAAGAUGUCCAAAUGGGUGAGACCACAUCCACUGAGCCAGCCAUUAAACAAGACAGCACCACACCCGCACCAGGAGUAUCCUCGGACAACCCUCUCGAUGCCCCCGAGGCCCCGGCCCCCGACAAUGUCGCGGCCCAGGACGAGGACAUGGUCGAUGCCGAGGGCGAAUCGAAAGGAGAGCAACCCAAGGAUGGCGAGGCCAACGGCGAGGCCACUGUCGGAAAGACGAAGGAGGCGAUCGAGAAUGCAGCGCGCGAACAUCUCAUCUCCCAGAAGCACUCCAUUAUCCUGCCCAGCUACAGCACCUGGUUCGACAUGAAUGUCAUUCACACCACCGAGCGCAAGGCUCUGCCAGAAUUCUUCAACAACCGCAAUCGAAGCAAGACUCCGUCCGUCUACAAGGACUACCGGGAUUUUAUGAUCAACACUUAUCGACUCAAUCCUGCCGAGUACCUCACCGUCACGGCCUGCAGGAGGAACCUUGCUGGCGACGUGUGCGCCAUCAUGAGGGUUCAUUCCUUCCUUGAGCAAUGGGGCCUGAUCAACUAUCAGGUCGACCCGGACCACCGGCCGUCUCCAACUGGUCCGCCUUUUACUGGUCACUUCAGAAUCAUCUGUGACACUCCCAGAGGUCUGCAACCGUGGCAGCCAGCAGCAGACCCGAUUGUCGCUCAAGGAAAAGCCAAUGCGGAUACUGAAGCCAAGGCCAAGGCUGGUCCAGUUCCCAAGAGUGAGCUGAACCUAGAAGUUGGCCGUAAUAUUUAUGAGGCCAAUGCCAAGGGCGCCAAACUCAACAAGAGCGAAGGCAAGACUAAUGGUGAUGGUCCCGCGACAAAUGGCGUGUCAAGCACGUCCUCUGAUGAGCUUACCAAGGCGCCCAUCGCCAAGGUUAACUGCCAGACCUGCGGCGCUGACUGCACCCGAAUCUACUACCACAACAACUUCGUUGAUUCAGCGUCAAACAGCAAGAAGAGCACUGACAUCUGCCCGAGCUGCUUUGUCGAUGGCCGAUUCCCAGGGAACCAGUUGGCCACCAACUACCAGAGGAUGGAGAACCCCACUUACUCAACAACGCUCGACAGAGACGCGCCAUGGACCGACUCUGAACUGUUACGGCUGCUGGAGGGCCUGGAGAGGUUUGACGACGACUGGAAUGAGAUUGCGGACCACGUCGGAACCAGGACGCGUGAGGAGUGUGUUCUGCAAUUCUUGCAGCUUGACAUCGAGGACAAGUACCUGGAGUCAGAAAACUCGCUCGCGGCGCCUGUUGGGGUGUCGAUGCUGGGGAGCCAAGGCGGGCAACUGCCGUUCAGCCAGGCAGACAACCCCGUCAUGUCGGUUGUGGCAUUCCUGGCCAGCCUAGCAGACCCUGCAAGUGCUGCCGCUGCCGCUGGGAAGUCGGCGGAGGAGCUGCGGCAACAUCUUCGGGGCAAGCUUGAGUCGAGUGGUGCGCUCGAGGAGCAGGCCGAUGGCAAAGGCAAGGGCAAGGAGAAGGAGGGUGACUCGAUGGAGGUCGACAUCCAGCACGAGACCACGACUACCACGACAACGACGACCACGACUACGACAAAGACUACGGCACUUGCAAACAUCCCUCUGGCGACGAUUGGGGCCCGCGCUGACGGCCUGGCCUCCCACGAGGAGCGCGAGAUGACGCGGAUCGUGUCAGCGGCCGUCAACAUCACCCUGCAAAAGAUGGAGCUCAAGAUGAAGUUCUUCAAUGAGAUGGAGGCCAUCCUCCAAGAAGAGCGGCGCGAGCUGGAGCGGGGCCGACAGCAGCUGUUCCUCGACCGGCUGGCGUUCAAGAAGCGGGUGCGCAGCGUGCAGGACGAGCUCAAGGCAGCAGCCCUGGCGGGCGGCGAGCAGGGUGCCCGGAUGGCGCAGGACGUGGUGAUGGACGGCGAGAGACUGAACCUCCAGGCCACGGCGGUGGGCGGCGGCGUGCAGCCGUUGAGCAGCGGGGGCCAGAUCAAGAGCUACGAGGCCUAG